GCUGAUCGAUCGGCUCUGAUCGAUCAGCGAAGCCGCCUGCGCAGCUCCGCUCCCCGCCCUCCUCUUCAUCACAUCCCGUUGUCUCACUGGAGGAUGACUCGGUUGGAGGCUAGCGGCUAACCGGGCGGGUUUCUCAUGCCCCUUGUUGUUCCGUGGUGGUCCCGUGGAGCCGUCCCCGUCCCAACCCGGUCCGGACCGCAGGUGUGCGCCGCCCGGAGCGGCCCGGAUCUCGGCGCGGAGAUGCAGCAGCUGUUAUGUAAGAGCGGAGCCGCUAACGUUAGCCCGCCGCCAUGAAUGACGCGCAGCAAGAAAUGUCUCCGGACUUCGUCCUGAUGCGGCUCGUCUCCGCCGCGGAGUACGACCGGCUGGACGAGCCCGACGACCUGAUCCGGUCCGGAGGCGGCGGGUUCGGACCGGUGAAAGCCGCGCUGGGACACCGCGGCGGCGGGUUUGAUGUGGACCCCAGCGGCCCCUCGGCAGGCCUCGGAUCCGCAUCCCCGCACUACAGUUCGCCGCUCCCCGGGAAGGGAGAGCUGGAUGGCGGUCUGGGGUUGUCGCAGGGCCCGGCGAGCUCCGAGGCGCCGCUGUCCCCGCCGCCUGAAGACUUUGCCGCAGCGGCGCAGCGGUUCGUGGACGGUUCGGGCGGACACGGAUCCAGGGCACAGCUGAUGGUGUUACAGAACCUGCUGCGGUCCGGAUUGGAGCAGCCGUCGCCAGCUGGGUUCUUGCAGGAGGAACAGGAGAGACAGAAGCUGGAGCAGGGUCCAGGUUCGGGUUCUGCUAGCACAGCUGGUUCCCGACCUGGAGGCGGGAGGGAGCAGAACUCUGGCUGUGUCCCAUCCCCAGAGGAGAACCUGCAGUGGCACCCGGUGGUCAGACUAUCCAAAGGGUCCGACGGGCCUCAGAACCCCCAGCCGGUCCCUGCCCGGGACCCGGAGUCCAUCCCCAUCCUGUGCCACCGACACCGGCUGGCCAAGUGGCCCCCAGGUCUGCUGGACCAGGCCCUGCGCCUGGGCCUGCUGGAGCUCAGGAGAACCUGCCCGUCUGGGGCUGAAGACCCAGUUCUGGUGCUGGCCCAGAAGCUGGGUCAGCUGGGCGAGGGCAGGGAGGGAUUGGGUGAGGGAGAUGGGGUGCCGCUCUCCCCUCGCUGCUCCUGUCACAGCAUCCUGGCGGCGGGUCCUGUUGCCCCCGGAGACGACCCCAGCGACACCAGCGACGCUCUGCUGGUUCUGGAAGGCCUGGGGUCCGAGCAGGUCGGAGAGCUGGCGCAGGGGGGGGGCCGAGACGGCGAGGAGGAAGCUGCCUCCCCCCUGACGGUCCUGGAAGGGGGGGGCGAUAGGACACCGCGGAGGAAGUCGAGGAAGGGGGGGUCCCUGAAGGUCCGGCUCAGCAAGCUGUUCAGAACCAAGAGCUCCAGCGGCGGGUCGGGCGGCCUGCUGGACAAGCGACCGUCGCUGGCGUCCUCCACCUCGUCGGGGGGGAGCCUGCUGGACGUGUGGGGGUCCACCUGCAGCAGCACCGACCAGGACAGGCUGCAGGUGUCCAGGCCUCUCAGUGCCUUCUCCCCGGUGCCGUUCACUCCUGCUUUCACCGGUGAGACGGUCUCUCUGGUCGAUGUGGACAUUUCUCGCAGGGGGGGCAGCGCUCAGCACCCCCCCACUCCUCCCCCCCCUCCCAGGCGGAGCCUCAGCCUGCUCGAUGAUUUCGGGGGUCCUCCACAGCUCCAGGGGCCGUUCACGGAGCGCAGCGCGGGGGCCUCCAUGCAGUCUCUACCGCCCCGGCCGCUGGCGCUGCACCCGACCCUGAGCACCAUCCAGCACAGCCUGAGCCUCAACGACACGUUCCUGCGGGGUUUGCCCCGCCCGGUACCGCUGCGACCCGACGGCCAGAACCCGCCGCCCCGGCUCGCCCCCCGCUGCCCGCUCAGCCGGCCCGACGCCGGCAGCUUCGCCACCAGCCUGCGGGAGCUGGAGAAGUGCGGCUGGUACUGGGGUCCGAUGAACUGGGAAGACGCAGAGAUGAAGCUGAAAGGGAAACCAGACGGAUCGUUUCUGGUGCGGGACAGUUCAGAUCCACGAUACAUCCUGAGUACCACACACACACACACACCACACACCACACACACACGCAUGGAGCACUACAGAGGAACCUUCAGUCUGUGGUGCCACCCCAAGUUCGAGGACCGCUGCCACUCCGUGGUGGAGUUCAUCGAGAGAGCCAUCAUGCACUCCAAGAACGGAAAGUUCCUGUACUUCCUGCGCUCCCGAGUCCCAGGUCUGCCUCCGACUCCGGUCCAGCUCCUGUAUCCGGUCUCCAGGUUCAGCAGCGUCAAGUCUCUGCAGCAUCUGUGUCGGUUCUGCAUCAGGCAGCUGGUCCGCAUCGACCACAUCCAGGAGCUGCCGCUACCUACGCCGCUCAUCGCCUACCUGAGGAAGUUCUACUACUACGACCCGGAGGAGGAGAUCAGCGCGGCGCUACCGGACGGGAAGGGGGCCAGGGAGCCCAGCGGCCAGCCAGGGGUCCGGUCCCAAACGUAGCACCGGAACCGGGCCGGACCGGGACGCACCUGGAGCCCACCCACAGGUCUUUUCUUUCUCUGCUCUCUGGACUCGACCACUGAAGGACGUUCAAACACUCAAACUGGACUCAGACUGCGGCCAAUGGGCUCCCUCCGCUCAGUCUCGUAUCCGGGCGGGUUUCAGAUGAUCCUGCCUCCUCUGAUUGGCUCGCAGUGAGUCGCCAGGCGAGGGACAGGGGAUGAGGAGACUCCGCCUCCUUUUUGAUGUCAUCACUGAUCAGCUGGACUGAAGCGAGCGUGACGUCGCUGUUUAGAAGGAGGGGAACCGUCAGUCGCCUCCAGGAUCCCAACAAAUGCUGCGGAGCUCGACGUCCGGAACCGGGGAGGUUCUGUCGGUUCCACACGGAUCAUAUGUUUACUUCCCUUUCUGCUGGAGCCUCAGCAGGGGGCGCUGUUCGGUGGUACCAUAUGUUGAUCAGCUGCUCUGAUAAUCAGCCAAUCAUCAUUCAGCUUUUAAAUCAGAUAUUUUGAAUCUUUAAUUACAUAUUUAAUUUUCAGACUUUUCUGCUUUUAAAAAAAUGUAAGGAUAUUUUUUGAAUCGAUGAACUGCAGCUUUAAACUCAAAAGCCUGGUGAUGCAGGUCAGGUACUCACUUCUUAUCCUGAAGUUUAGUUUAUUUCUGCUAUUGAAUUUGAUGGUUCUGAUAACCAGAACCGAAUUAAAUCAUCUGUCAGCUAAAAGUGGGCGGGGCUUAAAAGAGGAAGACAACCCCGAGGAAGGAUCUCAAAACCCAAGAUGAGGAAGAUUUGGGUUUAAAUCUGCAGCUCAUGUCUGACCUGGUCAGUUCUGCUGUUUGUCUCUACGCUGGAUUAUCGAUAUUAAUGAAACCAUCAUGAGGCUUUUUCUCUGACUCGUCCUGCUGCUGCUGCAUUUGGUUCAGGUACGACAGCAGGUGUGGAGGGGCGGAGCCUCUGAAGGGGGCGGAGCCUCUGAAGGGAUGAUGAUGAAACUGGUUGGUGUAAAAGUUUGUGGUUCCAGGAACCAGAACCUGUUCAGAACUUUCAGUUUGUUUCGUCUUCAAACGGCAGCCCAUUCUUUGCCUUUUCAGCACAUUUUUUUUAAAUGUUCAAAUUUAAAAUGUAAUUUAAACUUUAAAUGCCUAGCUGUUCCUAUGUUUGAAAGCAUUGGCAAAAAUUAAAAAUGUAACUUUUAUUUCUCCAGGCCAAACACUAAGAACAGUUUGUAAUGUGCAACGUCAGCCUGAAAUUAAGGUACAAAAUAUGCUCUAGAUAUGAAAUUAAAGAGGGAAGCAUUUUUUACAUGUAGAUUUUCUUUUAUUUAAGCAGUUUUAAAUAAACACUCCUAUUUUUAGGGGUUAUUAGAUUUAAUUUCCUGUCACUAUUUCUCUCUAAUUCUACUUCAUUUCUUGAGAUUAUAGUUUUCUGGAGCUUCUUUGUGAAUAGAACCGACCCGGUUCUGGUUCCUCCAUGUAGCACCUUUUGUUAGCAUCAGAGUUUCCAUGGAUAAUGUCAGAGAAACGUUUUUAAAUUCAAUUCUCCGGGUUGUUUGGGAGAAACGUGCGGAUUUAUCCGACCUGUUUGGACUCGUUCCUGGUUCUGAGGGAUGAAGCAGCGACGGAUGGAUGAUGAUCAGAACUUUUCCAUCCGUGGUUUUCAUUUUUUUUUUGAAGAUGUUUGGAACUUUACUUGCUGUUGGGAAUAACAUCCAGAUCCUGGAGGCGACAGUCGCGCCGCGACGGCAACAUUACCAAAAAACUUAGAGCAGGGUUACCAUGACGACUACUGAGCUACAACCAUGUCAACAUCCUACUGUUCGCUCUCUGGGAGGACGGAUUCAGACACUGGGAACUCUGGGAAAACUGGAGGCGGGACCCAGACGUCCUGCUUGGACUCUUCCAUGAUGUCAAACAGUUGUAAAUGUUGACUGAAGACAUGUUGGUGUGGAGGAGCAGUAAUGUGUCGUUGUUGUGCCGUCACCUGUUAAUAAAACACGGUGGGACUGAAAGUCUGUCCUCAAUGAGACAAAAACCUUUCAUUUUCAGUUUAUGGGUCACAAAAUACAAACUUUAAUAGAAAUGUAAACAGAAUUCAACUGAAACACUUAAUGAACAAACUGUCAGAAACAAUGUAAAAAAAAAUCCUCCCUGCAGGUCAGAGGUCACCCCUGCCUGAAACGGAUCUGUUAUGACAAAAGAAAGUAAAGUUACCCUAAAAAUAUAUUUUUAAAUUCUAUAAGCUCUGUUUAAAAAUAGAUUUCAGUUUCAUUUACAGAUUUAAUAUAAACACAUUUUCUUAAAAUAAUUUUAAGGAUAAGCUUCCAAAUAACUAACACUACUAUCCUCAGAUUAAGAUGAACUUUAGGGUGAAUCAACUGUAAUAACAAUCGUUACAGGAUGC